GUUUAAUCGAACGUUCAUGAGAACUAGUUCCGGUAGUCAGAGCAACCCUGUGCUGCAGCGUUGCCAACUCAUUCGAUUUCAUAGUGAAGCCAAAAAAAUGUCGGACCGCAACCGUAUCCGCAACCAUAACCCGGAGCCUUUUCCGGAGAGCAACGCCUGCAAGGCCAUCAUCAGAAAGCUGUUCUCCAGCCAAUACAAGAAACUGGCCUGGAUAUUCUACGAACCGAUAGAUGCACCAUAUUUGGGCCUGCACGACUACCACAAGAUUGUCAAGAAGCCCAUGGAUCUGAACUCGAUCAGGACUCGCCUCCAGGCCGGACUGUACGUGAAUGCCGAUGAAUUUGUGCGGGACGUGCGCCUGAUGUUCGACAACACGUAUCUCUACACGACGCCAGACCAUUUGUGCUACCAGAUGGCCAAGAAACUGCAGGCCAUCUUUGAGGCUAUGUUUUCCGAGAUCGCUUCCACUGACAGGAGCGACACCAUAACCGAGACUGACGUGAGCAGCAUGAUUCCGAGCGCCACGAUCCCUGGCGCACCAAUUAAUCCGCAUGAGGAUGGGGGCGCUAAAAUGACUAGGGCCCGUCGACAACAGCUCCAGAGCCGUUCGGCGAAUGAGGCUGCCGUGCGUCCAUGGACUGCCAAGGAGAAUAAUCAUCUUGGCGACAGGCUCCAGGAACUCAAGGGUGAAGUCCUGCACAGGGUUAUUCACAUAAUCCAGGAGAUGGAAAACAUCCCGAUCAUCAACGGUGGCAUGGAGUUCAACAUGGAAAGCCUGAGGACCCAGACGAAGUGCACCAUUGUGAGGUACUUGGCCAGCAAGGAUCAUAGCUCCGGCCGUCGCACCCGUUCCAAGAUCUACCUAUCGACUAGCUGUGAAUGAAGUCCGAGCCGGUGAAUAAAGA